AUGUUCAGACAAACUUCCCGCCUCCUCUCCCGAUCUGUUGCCGCCGUAUCCUCGAAAUCGGUGACGGCUCGUGCCUUUUCAACGGAACUUCCAUCGACGAUCGAUUCGACUUUCGUCGAGGCAUGGAAGAAAGUCGCCCCGAACAUGGACCCGCCGCAGACUCCUUCUUCCUUCAUGAAACCUCGUCCUUCUACUGCUUCUUCGAUUCCGACGAAGCUCACCGUCAAUUUUGUCCUCCCUUACGCAUCUGAGCUUGCCGGAAAAGAGGUCGACAUGGUCAUCAUCCCCGCGACAACAGGACAAAUGGGAGUUUUGCCCGGACACGUUCCAACAAUCGCUGAGCUGAAACCCGGUAUCAUGUCCGUUCACGAAGGCACUGACGUGAAGAAAUACUUCGUGAGCAGUGGUUUCGCAUUCCUCCACGCGAACUCCGUCGCUGACAUAAUUGCUGUCGAGGCCGUGCCGCUUGAGAACAUUGACCCUAGCCAAGUCCAAAAGGGUUUAGCUGAGUUCACACAGAAACUUGCUUCUGCAACAACAGAUCUUGAGAAAGCAGAGGCACAGAUUGGUGUCGAAGUUCACAGUGCUAUGAACGCAGCUCUCUCGGGCUAG